AUGGAAAACCAGCAGCAGCAGCAGAUUCGAUUCAUGCUCCACGCGUGGCGGGAGAAUGCUAUUGCCCGCCUAGGCUUUACACCGGACCAGGUCGACUACUGUGCCCGGCAUUCGAUUGUGAUGCACGACAUUUUCAUCGAUGCGAUUGCUCGGGCCGCGCCGGGCAUCCGCUGCCUCGAAGACUUCCACGCCGUUGCCUACUACUGGAAGUGGAUCGACCAGUACGGCGACGAGGUGUACGCGCUGAUCCGCAACUACCUCGACACGCCAAAGCGUCUCACCGAGGACGUCGAGGCUGUGUCCCGAAAACGCGUCCGCUGUGCAUGA